AGCCUUGGGCAAAUUGAGCUUGGAAUCUGACGUACCUGGGUUCAAAUGUGGGCCAUCCUGUGACUUGAGUAACCCACUUCACGUCUCGUGCCUCAGCUUUCCCGUCUGUUAAAUGGGAAGAAUGACAGCACCUUUGUUACAAGGAAUUAAUGUGAAAACAUGCUUAGUGCCUGGCAGGAAAAUAAAAACACCUACUAAAUGCAAAAGGGUCACGGAGUAAAGAAGAACUUAAAGAAAUUUAGAUACGUGAAGUUGAUUUCCAUGGAAACCUCGUCAUCCUCUGAUGACAGUUGUGACAGCUUUGCUUCUGAUAAUUUUGCAAACACGAAACCUAAAUUCAGGUCAGAUAUCAGUGAAGAACUGGCAAAUGUUUUUUAUGAGGACUCUGAUAAUGAAUCUUUCUGCGGCUUUUCAGAAAGUGAGGUGCAAGAUGUGUUAGACCAUUGUGGAUUUUUACAGAAACCAAGGCCAGAUGUCACUAAAGAACUGGCCAGUAUUUUUCAUGCCGACUCUGACGAUGAAUCAUUUUGCGGUUUCUCAGAGAGUGAGAUACAAGAUGGAAUGAGACUGCAGUCAGACCACACUGGCUGCAGGACCCGAAGCCAGUGCAGAAGGUCCGGACCCCUCCGCGUGGCCAUGAAGUUUCCAACUCAGAACACCAGGGGAGCCGCCAACAAGAGAGCAGCACCCCCAGAACCCUCUGAGAAUUCUGUGACCGAUUCCAGUUCUGAUUCAGAAGAUGAAAAUGGCAUGAAUUUUUUGGAGAAAAGAGCUUUAAAUAUAAAGCAAAACAAAGCAAUGCUUGCAAAACUAAUGUCAGAAUUAGAAAGUUUCCCUGGCUCAUUCCCUGGAAGGCGUUCCCUACCAGGCCCCAGUUCGCAGUCAAAGACAACCCGGAGGCGUACAUUCCCAGGUGUUGCUUCCAGAAGAAACCCUGAACGGAGAGCUCGUCCUCUCACCAGGUCAAGGUCUCGGAUCCUUGGGUCCCUUAGUGCUCUGCCCCCAGAAGAGGAGGAGGAAGAGGAGGAAGAUAAGUUCAUGUUGGUGAGAAAGAGGAAGACCAUGGACAACUACAUGAAUGAAGAUGACGUGCCCAGAAAUCGUCGUGCCGGAUCCAUGACCCUCCCACAUAUAAUUCGCCCUGUGGAAGAAAUUACAGAGGAAGAGCUGGAGAACAUCUGUAACAACUCUCGAGAGAAGAUCUAUAACCGUUCAUUGGGAUCUACUUGCCACCAAUGCCGCCAGAAAACUAUCGAUACCAAAACAAACUGCAGAAACCCGGAGUGCUGGGGUGUUCGUGGCCAGUUCUGUGGCCCCUGCCUUCGAAACCGUUAUGGUGAAGAAGUCAAGGAUGCUCUGCUGGAUCCAAACUGGUAUUGUCCGCCUUGCCGCCGAAUCUGCAACUGCAGUUUCUGUCGGCAGCGAGAUGGGCGGUGUGCGACUGGGGUCCUUGUGUAUUUAGCCAAAUACCAUGGCUUUGGGAACGUGCAUGCUUACUUGAAAAGUCUGAAACAGGAAUUCGAAAUGCAAGCAUAGCAUUUAGAAGAUCCACUACCCGUCUUCCACUGUGCAAAUCUUCCAAGUUCAGGUUUUCAAUUUUGUCAUGUGAUUGGAACCUGAGUUACGAAUUUUGAUGAUCAGUCUGUUCUGUAGGAAACGCAAAUCAAGUUCCUCUCACUAACAAACGUGUUUCUGAGCAUCACAGAGGUAUAUCUCUAGCUAUACUGUGCCCUCCUGCUGUUUCUUUGCUUUUUCCCCCACCUCUCACCCCAUUCCACCCCCCUCUAUUUCCAGUGGUUCCCUCCCACCAUUUUGUUUCUGAAUUCUUUUUGAAUAGCAAUUUUAUGAAAGCAUGUUUGAUUUAAUUGGCGUUGAAACCGCCCUGGAAUCUGCCCAUAAAACCAAGCACUUAGAAACAGUAGUAACAUUAACUAACUACAUCUAUUGAAUUCCAGAGAACAGCCCUCUAACUUGUUUACGGGAAAGCAGUGAGCACAAUUUAUGAUUUAUUGUUCAUACUAGCUAACCUUUUCUAACAGAAUCAAGGCACACAAGUCUUAAAACCAUGUGGAAAAAUUGGGUAAUUGUUGGGAAAUGGAGUAUUAUUAUUUUGGAUGCCUCUCGUGAGAAUAUUCCAUGUAUCGUGCAAUUGUAGUUUGCCAAGUUUAUUUCCGUUCCUACAUAAGAUGUUUCAAAUUCCUGAUCAUUUUGCAUGGAAAAUUGAUAUUAGUACUAGUCUACGACUAGUCUUUGCAGUUUUUACUUUCUUGAAGUUAUAAACUAGGCACAGAGUUCAUGUUCCGGUUUUAAGCACUUUUAUAACAAUGAGAAGUGCCUUUUUGGAGUUGGGUGACUUUCAACAGUUUGUUAACUUGACAUCUCUGUCCUUUUAAUUUCUGGGCAGAAUUCAUGUGUCGCCCCUACCCCCCUACCCGACCCCUUUUUGCAUUAGAUCAUUUUGUAGAGGUGGAAUCAAAGUGUCUUUGUCCAUUUUCUUUGCAUGUGUAGCCUAUUGCUAUGGCCAUUCAGUGUUUGAUGCCUAAUUGGACAUUGAAUCAAUAAAUGUAAAUAGAGCUUUUGAUCUGUAAUGCUUUUAUACAAAGUUUUUUAUUUUAAUAAUAAAAUGUUAUAUUCUA